GGUGCGACAACUCGCAGGAAGAAAUCCACCACCACAACCCAGAAAAAGAGGAUAAGGAAAUCGACAACUAGAACUACAGUCAAACCAACGACCACCAGUGCGAAAACCGAGAGUCCAAAUCCAUAUUGCAGAAAUUACAAUCGAAUAAAAAAGAACUUACUAGACACAGCACUAAGUGAAGAUUUCAUCGCAGGGAAACGCGCCGCCACAACCGAAUUACUUGACAUGCGAGACCGGCCGUUUGGAUCGUACGUGAUAAGGGGAUAUGCACUUUACUUUUACAGCUUUGAAGACGCCGAGUACGCCAGAGCAGUGGAGGAGUGUUUGUACCGAAAACUGGAGCUGCUGGCGAUCGACACGCCCGAAGAUAUCGACGAUUGGUACUUUGGCGACAUUCCGCCCGAAGAAGACCAGGACGAGAACACUUGGUGGACGAGUGCGGCGCCGUGUUCGAAAAGUGAUCCGCUGAACAAAACGACGAAUUCGUGCUCCAGUGUCACCUGGUGUGCUAACAAUGUGGAAACUCGACUAAACUAUACGUUGAAUUUUGGCCAAUUUACUCGUCCCUACUGCAUUAUUUACAGAGCGAAGACCCAGCAACUUGCACCAAAGGAAUGCUCCUUUCAAUCUCUUUUUGUGUGCGAGCCGGCGUGCGCGAGGCCAAAGUGUCCGUCACAGAAGGAGUGCCAGAAAGAUGAGUCCCUAUUUGAAAAAAUUGAUGGGAAAACGUACCUCAAAAAAGAACAUGAGAUCCUCGGCACGUGGGAGCAAACCGAUUUUGGUGAAUUUUAUUUCCUGGGAAAGAAAUUGGUGAACUGGCAGGAAAAUUGGAAGACGUGCUGCAGUCUGGGCCUUAAACCUUUAGCCGUGAAUGGCCUUUUGACCUAUUUGGACAGACCGAAUUCCCCCAUGCAGGGUGUGGUUUUCUGGUCGGCAAUGACUCGAGCGGGAUGUCCUCUUCGCUUCGAAAACUGCUUCCACAACGUAUCAGAAUGGCUCGAGUUUGACAUCGCUGGAGUCAAAAAAGGAGGGUCUUGCGUGGCCGUUUCGGUCCGAGACCCUAACGCCAAGAAAGUGAUGGACACGGGUCUGGCAAUGAAAACCACCGUCUGCACCUCUAAGCUGCUGUUGGGCUGUCAAGGAACGGAACAGACCUUCGAAAUCAGGGAUGACACAAGCAACUGCGAGCUGCCAAAGUGCGCAGGGCUUCCUGAUUGCGUUAUGUCGGAUGAAUAUUUCCUCAAGCAACACUCGCAAGAAGUCUUGCUUGCACCCUGGCGUUUCGGCAAAUGGCAUUCAUGUUGCGACAACAGCAUCCUUGAGCUGCAUGAUGAAUAUGGCACUUGGGACGAGGCUUACAAACGGUGCUGCUCCCUUGGAAUGGACCUCCUUUCAAUCCAAAAUCCAGCCAAGCAGGACUGUUUGGGCAAUCCUUACAAAAAUAGUAACCCGAAUGAGAAAGGGUAUCUGCCUUUUCGGACAGAGGCCUGGACGGCGGGGCGGGAUAUCCAGUCUUGCCACGGACAAUUGCGAUGGUGCACCGGCUACUUGAACGACUACCUGAAAAAUGACCUGAUGUGGAAAAAUGGCCAUGAUCCGAGAUUUGCAAACAACUCGUGCGUCUACAUCGAUUUUGGGGAUCCAGUUGUGCCUAGUCUGGCGCUGGCAGACUGCUCGAACAAGAAACAGAUCAUUUGCGAGGCACCCAUGGGAGUCGACAAAAAAUCGAAGAUGCAUUAUCACCCAUGCAGGAGAAAUUUCAGAGUUAAAGAUAGCGAAGCUGAGAAAAUUUGGAACACUGGAGAUUUGAGCCGAACCAGUUACGCAGCCAAAAAAAUGAUUCAAUGCAUAGCAGAGCACAUAGGACUGGUAUACAACUCAACCAAAAUAAACGAGAACGUUUACCUGGAUAUGAUGUCCAGGACCUUGCAUGUCCUUGACGUCCCUACUAUGUUAAAAUCGAUUGAGGACCAACGCACGUUGCUCUCGUCGUUCGAAGGCCUUUACAGCGAGGGGAAGAUCCAUAAUUUGGAUUCUGACAUUUAUAGAGACGGAAAGGACGAAUAUUACUCGAACCACUUUGAUCUUGCCGCCGAAUUGAUCAACAAACUAUACGAAUGCAAAGGAAUCCAAAAAACGAACGAGGAAACGUUCGCGUUUGACUUCCUGGUGUGUCUCCUGAAGUCCAAGGGGCUAGACCGAUUCUGGAAAGUUUAUGAAUUCCGGUUUGAACGAGGCAGUGUGAUUCCCGCGGACUACGAUCUAAACUCGCCGUGCAUGACGUUUGACAAUUUUUUGAAUUUUGAAAUGGAUUUAUGCCUUCCAUCGGACGGCUCGCUUCCAACGACUCCAUCUGGGCCUGCUGUUCGUCUUACCCUUGGGCUGAUGAAGAUAAAAGGGUUCGACAGGUCAUCUUUCACCGAGUGUUUGAAUAGGAGGGGUUCGCUGCCUUACGCGAAAACCAAGCAGGAGUUUGAUAUGAUGUACAAUGCUAUCAGAAACGCGGCUCCGACGCUGACGAUAAUCUGGAGCCAAGGCUUUUACGACACGCUGAACAAUAAAUUCAUGUGGUGCCGCAGCGACGUCAUUGCCCCCCGAACCUGGGCAAAUAUUCCGAUCCCUGUCGCCGUGAACGUGACGACCAAACAGGAUUUCGUGAUGCUGGUCUCGCUGCCGGGUGCGACGCCAAAUCUGCACGCAGUCCCCGCCACCGAGCAGCUCAAGUACCAAACCGACGUCUUUUGCCUCGUCCCAGAUUCAGCAGUGAAGAAGUGCGCUUGACCAACUAAAGCAAACCAAGGCGUGGGAGUGCUUAAAUGCUUUUAAUUUCGAAUUGGGAAUUAAUUUGUCAACAUUAAAUUUUGUCU